AUGAUCUUGCAGGGUGAUGAGUUCUCUGAAGAGUCGGUCUGCCAGCCAACAUCAGAAGAAAAAUUACAGCGUCACAUUAAUAAAAUUUUCCUAUGUCCCGGGAGUUGUUACGAGUCUUUGUCCCUUCAUUCAUCAGAUUACUUUGAUUCAUCUACCAUUGUUAGUAAAUGUGUAGAACGACUUGUUACUGUUUCAAAAUUUACCAUUGAUCCAAUAAGACUGAGAAGAGAGUUGGCCAAAAUGAUUGUAUUACAUGAAUAUCCUCUCUCCGUGGUCAAUCACAUUGGGUUUAGGGACUUCUUGUAUAAACUUAAUCCUUCAUUUAGGAUGGUUUCUCAAAAGACUGUUGAGAACGACAUAAUGAAAGUCUUUAAAUUUGAGAGGUGCAUCGCACAUGGUGACUGUCUCAAUGCUCCAGGUAGGAUUGCUAUUACCAAAAUGUGGACUUCUAGUGAUGGAAAUCGGAGAUUCUUGGCCAUCACAGGACACAUAAUUGAUGAAGACUGGAAAAGACAAUCUUUUAUCAUGAGGUUUGCCAAUGUGCCGUUAUUUGGUACAAAUCAGUCAAUUUGCAAGGUCCUUCUAGAUUGUUUCUCAUUUUUCGAUAUGGAUAAAAGACUAUCAACUAUAACAGUUGACAGUUACACUUCUAAUGACGAGCUUAUUGACCUUCUAGUGGAUAAACUCUCGGAAAACGAGCUCCCUUUUAGAGGAAAAUUAUUUCGGCUACCAUGUUUUGCUCAUACUUUGAGCCUGAUGGUGCAAGAUGCAUUUGACGUGGUUAGGCAUGUGAUUGAGAAAAUACGUGAUAGUAUUAUGUUUUGGACAUCAUCGCCAGAAAGAGAAAUGACAUUUGAGAAAGCUGCUUGUGAAUUGGGUUUAAGCACUCCGGCAAAGUUGGUGCUUGAUUAUGGGUUGAGUUGGAGUUCAACGUACUUGAUGAUGCAACAUUCAUUUCUUCUCAAGGAUGUAUUUUCUCACUUGGGACAUCACGAAUCCUUGCCUAGUAAGGAAGAAUGGGAUUUAGUCAGGGAAGUGUGUGACAGGUUAAAAUUUCUUUUUGAUAAGAUGAAGUCUUUAGCUGAUUGUCCUGUUGCUUGCUUGUAUCUUGAGUUGAUAUGCGAAAUUAAAGUAAAUUUUUUAAAGUGGCUCAAUUGUGAGGUUCCGUGGAUUAAAGAGAUGGCUUCAAAGAUGUUAAAGAAGUUUGACAAGUAUUGGUUAGCAGCGCGUGAUAUUCUUGGAGUUGCAACUAUAUUUCAUCCCCAAUAUAGAUUUUGCGCACUAGAGCACUACUUUAAAAAAAUUUAUGGGAAUGACGCUGAAGAUGAGGUUGAUAGGAUUCACCAGAUUUUCUAUGAUUUGUUCAAAGAGUACAAGAGUUCCCUAAUGAAGGAUAAAAAAAAUGACGAGGACUUGUCCUCAGGAGAGUCUGACACGGAUCUCUUCAGCAGGUAUAAGAGAGAAAUGAAGAAGAAACAAUCUGAACUAUACGAGGUGGAGUACUACUUGAAAGUCUCUGUUGUAGAAACGGAAGAUUCUGAUAUCUUGUCUUGGUGGGAGGUUAAUAAGCAAUGUUAUUCUGUCUUGCAUAAGAUGGCACGAGAUAUCCUAGCUAUUCCAGUUUUUGCAGUUGAUGUAGAGGAUGCUUUUGAUGUUGGUGAUAAAAUUUUGGGUUCAAAUCGUAGCAGACUUCAUCCAACUGUGGUUGAGGCAUUGGUGUGCUCUCAGAAGUUGAUCAGGAGAAGGGAACACUCGGAAUCCAAAGCUCCAUCAUCAGCGAAUAAUUUGCAUUCACUAGGUACGAUUUAUGAUGAUGCUAACUUUGAGGAUGGAAUUAUUUUGAAGGCCAAGUCUGCAGAAAUAGUUGAUGAAAAUGGUGAUGAGCACUUUGAAUCAGCCAAAUGA